AAUUAGAAAUACAUUCUGGAAAUCAUAGCAACCACAUGUCGUUUUCAUUCGUCUGUUCGUCGUAGGAUUUUCCAGCAGUUCGUAUCUUUGCAAUCUCCCGAAAAAUGGCUCCGAUAGUACCGAAAAAGUUCUAUCGUCAUGCUCUCAAAGCCGUAACUUACUACUCUCGGGAAAGGAAACGCCCUUGCAGUCUCCAAGAUAUUACGGCAUACAUGUAUCUCAAGAACCAACGAGCCAUGAGCGUGGACCAACUACAAGCUAUUUCGAAAAAAACCUUAGCUCAACUGUGCACUGCCGGAAUUGUCAAAAAAGUUAAAAAUCAAUAUUGGUUAAAUGAGUUGGGUUCAGAAGAUGGUUCUAGAAGAUCUGCUCCCAUCCCGAACGAAGAAACGGUAAGACCUUCGUCAUCCUUGCCGAAAAGACGAAAGCAAAUGGCUUCUAGAAGAUCCACGAUUCCGAUGGAUGCUGAGACAUCCAUAAAUACCGAAGAGAGGUUCUAUGAAGAAUCAGACGAAAGUGACUAUGAGGAUGAUGAAGAAGAAAACAAUACUGAAUCGGCAUCCAAAUCUGCAGCAUUAGAACCGAAUCAGGAACAAUCGUCUACCAGUAGGACGUCUACUGGCGCGGCUCGGGUCAUUGGUUCCGAUGAAGAUCACUCAAGUGAGGCUGCCGGAAACGCUAGCCCGUAAAUAGGUUCAAUGGAUCCAUUGGAUAAAAUUUUGGUGAGGACGUACAUUUUCGCUGAGUACCAAUCGCUGAGUUUCAAAUUUUAUUUUUAUACACUAUGUACAAAACAAGUUAAUAAAUUAUAUAACACUUA